GGGCCGCGCGCUGGGGCCGCCCCCGGACCGACCCUCUCCUGCCGGCCCGCCCCUCUCCUCCCCUCGGCGGCGCUCAAGGAGGGCGGGGCGGGGGCCUUCGGGUCAGUCUCGGCCUCCGGCACCGGCCGCGCAGCUGGAGGCGGCGGAGCGGAAGCCCCGGCCAUGGCGGCGAUCCGGAAGAAACUGGUGAUCGUGGGGGAUGGGGCCUGUGGGAAGACCUGCCUCCUCAUCGUCUUCAGCAAGGACCAGUUUCCAGAGGUCUACGUCCCCACUGUCUUUGAGAACUACAUCGCUGACAUCGAGGUGGACGGCAAGCAGGUGGAGCUGGCUCUAUGGGACACAGCUGGGCAGGAAGACUAUGAUCGCCUGCGGCCUCUCUCCUACCCCGACACGGACGUCAUCCUCAUGUGCUUCUCCAUCGACAGCCCUGACAGCCUAGAAAACAUUCCUGAGAAGUGGACCCCGGAGGUGAAGCACUUCUGCCCCAAUGUGCCCAUUAUCCUCGUGGGGAAUAAGAAGGACCUGAGGCAAGAUGAGCACACCAGGCGAGAGCUGGCCAAGAUGAAGCAGGAGCCUGUUCGGUCCGAGGAAGGCCGGGACAUGGCGAAUCGCAUCAGCGCCUUUGGCUACCUCGAGUGCUCAGCCAAGACCAAGGAGGGGGUGCGGGAGGUCUUUGAGAUGGCCACUCGUGCUGGCCUGCAGGUCCGCAAGAACAAGCGCCGGAAGGGCUGUCCCAUUCUCUGAGAUCCCCUCCACCUUCCCCCCAGGCCUCCCCCUGCUUGCCUUUCCUCCCCUCACCCCUCACUCUCCUAGAACUCCCAUCGCUGAAGGCUU